UAUCCUGUGAGGGGCAAAAUGGAGCUCGAGGGCAUGAAUAGGUACACCAGCCCAGUCAACCCAGCUGUCUUCCCACACCUGACUGUGGUACUUCUGGCCACCGGCAUGUUCUUCACCGCCUGGUUCUUCGUUUAUGAGGUCACCUCCACCAAGUACACACGUGAUAUUUACAAAGAGUUCCUCAUCUCCUUGGUGGCCUCACUCUUCAUGGGUUUUGGAGUCUUCUUCCUCCUGCUCUGGGUUGGCAUCUACGUAUGAGUCCCCAAGGGUUCCCACCAGGCAGCUUCACCAAAUCCCUGCUUUUGUAAAUUAAUUUUUUACCAUUGCUACAAGUGUCCCACCUGCUGCUUACAAUAAAGACAGAUAUGUGACAAAAAAAAAAAAA